CUUUCAGUUAGAGGCAGACUUGGAUUGGUCUUCAAGCUGCACAUGUCCUACUGUUACUAUUCUCAGAAAAGGGUUGAAUCAGUCGAGAUUUCUUUGUAAUUUCCGCACAGAUAGUUUAGUCUGCAACAUUUUAGAGACAAGACAGUGGAACACUUUUCAGGCGUGUUUAGAUAGCUGCAGAAGGGGACUUUAUAUCAAAUGUGGGCGUUCACCUGUAAGGAAAAAAAAUAAGGAAUAAAAAUCCAACCAGAGAGGGAGAGAGAAAAUCGCCCUACUGUAACUGCGACUGCAAUAGGAUUCUCUUUGACGAAACAAAACAAUGGCUAAACCCAACUACUCUGGGACCUUUCAUAUGGUUUCUCAGGACAACAUGGAUGCCUACCUCGCAACUUUGGAUAUCAAUUUUGCGCUGAGGAAAAUAGUGUGCUUACUGAAGCCCACUAAACAGGUUGAGCACGACCCAGCCACGGGGGGUAUGAGGAUCCGCACCAUGACCACGUUUAAGAAUUUUGACAUGGAUUUCUCUCUGGGCAAGGAGUUCACAGAAGACCUCGGACCCGUGGAUGGACGGGUCUGCCAGACUACUGUGGACUGGGAAGGAGACAAGCUGUUGUGUGUCCAGCGAGGGGAGAAAGAGGGACGCGGCUGGACUCACUGGCUGGAGGGAAAUCUGCUGCAUUUGGAGAUGAGAUGUGAGGGUGUCACUGCCAAGCAAGUUUUCAAGAAGGCAGACUAAACCAUCAAACUCAGUGGGGGAGCUUUCCAAACACGCAUUUACAUUACCGCUUUACAUUUAUUUUUUAGUCUUAAGACAGAAUUUGCUUGGUACUCGGUAUACUGAAGGAGUGGCUUUUAAUUUUUAAUAGACGUUUGAAAAAAAUAAUUUGAUAGAUUAAAUCAAAUCAUUUAAAUGAGUUUGCAUUUAUAGCGACAGUUGUGCGUCUUUUUGUUGAAGAUUAGUCCAAUAUGUUUUUUCUGAAAACAUAUUUAACGGUAGGAAUGACAUGUGGGAGCAUUUCUACAGAGAGUAAAUUAGUUUUUUUGCACAUAUUUGGCCAGUAUUGAAUUGUUUAUUCAAAUACAUCUAAUAAAACGGUCAAACUAUUUAAUACUUUACCAAACAAAACAACUAGACCCUGUGAUUUUCUCCGAUCACAAAUCAAAAAGUGGAAGGAUAAACAGUAUUUGUUCAGUGGCUUUGAAUUGAAAGAUAAUGCAUUUGAAAAAUUGAUAUGAUAGUGUUGUCAUACUGCAUGAUUUUUUUAAUAAAUUGUUUAUGUGAAUCUGCUUGUUAUUCUUAUUG